CUCUUGGUGAAGACUGAAGAUAAUGUUCUAGAUAAGGGUGUUAGUGAAAUGUGAGUAAUUCGUGCAAUUGUUCUGCGUGCGCCUUUCUACAUCUUUUCAUCGUAAAUGUAACUAGUGUGGUAUUUUUGUUGAUGCACAUUGCGCUUUAACGUAGUGUCUGUCGUGGUCUUGUUUAUCACGUGUUCGUUCUUUCUGCAUACGAGUAAAUGUGACUUUUGUAUGUGAAAGUAUUGUUUGAACUAUUUUUUGCCAUUUCUACGUACAUUACGAGACGAUUAUUAAUGUUAGCAACAUUUAACUGAAAUACCGUGACCGAUUUGAACUAUUCCUAGCUGUUGAAUAAUUGCUUAGAACAUGGAAGUUGAGAUGAAUCGCGAACUGGAAAUUGCAGAAGUUAGACCACGAGUGUACGAUAUUCUUCAUCCGACUCCAGUACCAUUGGCACAACUGUCAGCUAUUGUCACUAGCUUCGAAGUAUGGCGCUAUGAAAUGAAUACUCAUCGUAUGAGAAAUAAUUUGUCGGACUUUCUUGAAAAUCGGGAAUAUUGUAAUAUCAAGUUGGAAACUAUACUCCCCGAUAUACCACGUGUGAUUAAUGAUCUGAUCCAAGGAUAUAUCAGAAAGUUUCAACGUUCAAUAAAAAAUUGGUUCGAUAGUCAUUCUAAAUCAGUAUUCACGUCCUAUGAUUCCUCCGAGAACUGUAUUUUGAACGACUUCGAUGAUUUCGUGACAGAUUUCAAAGGAGAUGUGGAUUAUGUUCGGACAGCCGAACGUAUGAUGCGUUGUGAUCGACUCGAUGAUACGGUGAAAUUCAAAAUCGCCUGUAUAUAUUAUUUUGAAGACGACAUCAGACGAAUUUGGCCAUCUGUAUUUGAAGCCAUAACCUCGAGAGGUGUUAAAUAUAGAGGCGAACUGGGCUACUGGAUUAACAGGCUCACAAAUCAAUUGGAUAAAAAAGACGUUUGCGAAGAUGACCAUUUCGAGAUUUGUGAAUCAAUUUUUGAGCACUGCGUAACUAGUGAAAAUAGAUCAUCGAUGGAGUAUUUUUGGAAUCACGUACGACCAGAUAAUCGACUAGAGAAAGCUUCGGUUAUGCGCGAUGGAAAAUGCCUUGCCAGAUUCAUUUUGCCAAAACUGGACGAUCUACAGCUUUCUGAAUUUGUCAAUACGUAUGGCUGUUCCCUUAUGACUGAAUUGUUAGAUUAUCAACUCGCUGAGGGGAUCGAUAUUGUACCAACUUGGAUGUACAUUAGGAAUUAUAUGAACGAAAGCCCGUUUUUGGAACUUUCCGAAUACAUGUUGGAAUGGUUAGCGUCCAAUGAUGAAAACAAGAUUGCCAACAAUAAACUAUUUCUUUGUCGAGAAAUAUGGAACAGUGCUCCGCAUAAUUUAAAGAAAUCGAUAGUCAGAAAAAUUCUAUCCAACACUGAAUUGUUUAAUACGCUCGUCUCCCGUCUCAAUAAAAAUGGUAUUUCAGAAUCCACGCCGAUGUUUGUCAAGCUGCUGUUAAACUUUCUUCCAUCAGCCACUUUUGAUGAAAGAAGCUCAUUCUGGAAUAACUACUGGCAUCAGCUCAUUGCACUCGCUCGAUGCAAAUACUUGCAACAAUUUAUAAAACUGUGCUUUGGAAACGAAGUUGAUAUAACUCGAUUCAAGACAAAUGUAAUGGCCAACAGCGAGCACCUACGUCGGUUUUGUAUUGCAUUGGUAAAGGGUGCAAAUUUUCAAAAAUUUGAAAAAUUGAAUGACUUGGUGAAAUUCUGCUAUCCUGAGGUACAACAAGCGAGAAACUUCAAACAAGAAUUACUUCAGUUAGCUUUGCUCGGUGAAGAUUGUCAAUUUAGUAAUGCCAUGGUCCGAAAUGUUUAUAAUUUAAAUCGCUUCAUCAACAAAACUUAUAAUGGAGCUGAGCUAUCCGUCGAGUUCAAAAAUAAGCUCAUGAUGUCGCCAGCGUUUGAAAAUUUCGUAUCUUUGCGUGUUCGCUCGACUAAAAUUUAUGAUUUAAUUGAAAUCAAGAAAUUCGUUGAACAAUUCAAACUGACUGAGCAAACUCUAGUGCAAAUAAAAACUCGUGUUAUUGAUUCUUUUAAAGAGAGUUUAACUGGAGGUGGAUCCAGCCGAGACUUAUUGAAGAAGAAGAGUUUGAAUUAUUUUUUAUUGUGGUGUUUAGAAAGUGAUGCCGAAGUAGACGAAUUUAAGCGUAACCAUGCUAAGUAGGUAUUAAUAGUUGUUGAGAAAGACUGGUGAAUCUUGUCAGUGCAAAUUAUUUCGUAAAAUUUUUCUUCAUUAGUUUAUGUUUACUGUGUUUCGAUGUACCUUAUUCUUUGGUUUAGUUGAGCUGUUAUGUGUACUUACUUAUUCGUUACCUAAAUUUGAUUUACUUAUUUUAUUUAUUUUAUAUAAUCGGAUAUUAAUUAACCUGAUUGCUGCUUAAAUAAGUAUAACUACGAAGGGGCAAAGUUCGCAGUUUGUAAAACCUUGUGAUUUUUAAUUUUUUUUUUCGAGUUCAUUUGCACGAUGAUUUUUUAUUUUUUAAUUUAAUGUUAGCAUCUGAGCGGUUAUUUUAUACCUAUUUGUGAAAAUUGCUGUGAAAAUCGUUAUUAAUUUUUAUCGCAGUUACGUUUUUAUGUCUUAUAUCAAUAAAUCACUUAGUGAA